CGGCAGAAGAAGAUUGACUAAAGUUCAAAGGUCAUACUAGAAAGAAUGGCUGACGGACGCGUACUAGCUUUGUAUUUAAUUUAAAAAUAUGGGGAAAAUCCGGUAUUCAUUCUCCCCGACAAUGCUCCGUUCCAUUAAAACGAUCUUUAUUUUUUUCUUUCACUGACUAUAAUGGAUUACAGAGCUGUGCUGCAGUUUGCUACAUUCACCAGAGCUGCCUCGUUGUUAUUGCAGGCUGUCUUGAACGCCGCCAUCCCGGACCACGACGCCGACGCGUUCAGGCCCCCGCGGACGGAAGAGCCUCUGUACUUGGACUCCGCAGUGGAGUGGUUAUUGGGCGGUCUGGGCCACUGGGACGCCGAGCACUUCCUCUUCAUCGCCGAGAGGGGCUACGUCUACGAGCACAACUUUGCUUUUUUCCCCCUUUUCCCCAUCGUCCUGCGGGGGCUGGCCGACACGCUGCUGCGGCCGCUGGCCGGCUGGCUGAGCGUGCGAGGCCGCCUGCUGGUGGCGGCGGCCCUCGGCAACAGUACGCUCUUCCUGCUGAGCGUGGUGGCCCUGCACGCGCUCAGCCGGGCGGUUAUGCAGGACCGGCGCCUCGCCCUGCUCUCCGCUCUGCUCUACUGCAUCACGCCCGCCAACGUUUUCAUGACGGCGGGCUACUCGGAGAGCCUGUUUGCCGCGCUCACCUUCGGGGGUCUGUUCCUCCUGGAAAAAGGCUUCAUCUUUCGAGCCUGCCUGGCUUUCAGCAUCGCCUCGGCGGCGCGGUCCAACGGCCUGCUGAACAUCGGCUUCCUCCUGUACCUUCCGUCGGUAUACGCCAUCUCCCAGAUCCGUUUCUGUCGGUCGCUUGCAAAAGGCCGCAGCAAGAUCUUGCGCUACGCUUGGAUCGUCGUGCGCCUCCUGCUCACCUCCGUGCUCGGGACGGCAGUCGUCGCCCUUCCCUUCUGCGCUUUUCAGUACUACGGCUACAGGACGUUUUGCACGCCGUCGGCGUCCUUGGACCGCAUCCCGCCGGCUCUCUUCUCCUUGGCCGAACAGAAGGGCUACCGUAUGGCCGACGAAAACAGCCCCCCCCCUCUGUGGUGCAUGAGACCCCUCCCCGUAAUUUAUUCUCACAUUCAGGACGUGUACUGGAACGUGGGCUUCCUUCGUUUCUUUGAACUGAGACAAAUACCGAACUUCCUCCUCGCCCUCCCCAUGGCAACUUUGGGUGUAACGGCAGCUUAUGCUUAUUUCCAAGCGAACCCCGAGCUGUGUUUCAGACUCGGACUUUGGGAGGCGGAUUUCAAGAAGGGCCUCGACAAACCAGUGCCGGGAUUUUUAAACCCUAAAGUAUUUGUAUAUGUUCUGCAUUCGACUGCUCUCCUGGUGUUUGGGACCUUGUGCAUGCACGUGCAGGUCCUGACCAGGUUCAUGGCGUCCUCGUCUCCCGUCCCCUUCUGGAUCAGCGCUCAUCUGCUCCUGCUCAACGAGCCGCUCCUCCACCGAAGGAAAACGUCGACGCCCAACGUCCAGCUCAAGACUCUCUCCAAAAACGGAUGCAAGCACCCGCCCCAAAAUCCCGUCCUGGCGUUGAUACCGUACAUUCAAAUGUGCUCUCCCACCACGCAAAGCAUCCUGGGAUACUUCCUGUCGUACUGGGUGCUGGGCCUGGCGAUGCAUUGCAACGCUCUACCGUGGACUUGACCGAGACUGCGGGUGAAAAAUGCCAAAUAAAUUUGAAUAAUCCACUGCUAACGUAGUUCAACCGAGAACGUUACAAGAGAUUUUGUUAUGACAUGAACAAUCAAUUUAUUGAUUGUUUUUUUCAAGUAUUUUUUAGUGGAAUGGGAGUAUCUGUGAAUGUUCUGAGCUCCUGUUUCCAUACCGGCGGAAUAGCGAUCGCGUGUAUGUAUCUCAUCAUCUCAUAACUGACGACAUAGUGUUGUACUUCUUUAGGUAGGAAUCUAGUUUACUGGUUGCCGCCCAUUAUCCAUUAAAAAUUAAUUCUCUAUUAAAAUUUAAAGCAGAGGCGUCAAACUCAUUUUUCUCGCGGGCCACGUUGUAGUUCCGGUUUCCACCCGAGGGCUGUUAUGACUGGAGCAAAAAUAUUUAAUCAUCUCAUCAUAUUUACAUCAUCAAUUUAUGAACUGGUUUUGGAAUCAGAAAUCAAGGGUAACGUGUUUUUUAACUAUUCACGUUUGGUAACACAAAAAUGCUUGUAAUAUCGAAACUUGAUCAUUUAUGAUAUUUGACAAUUUCAAAAUUUGGUACAGAUUUUUUGCAGGAAUCAUGGAAAUUGACACUAGAUUUGGCUUCGCGGGCCACAUCAAAUCAUGUGGCGGGCCAGAUCUGGCCCCCGGGCCUUGAGUUUCACACCUAUGAUUUAAAGGAUAAUGGGCAAUAUUUAAUAUCGAUUCAAGACUUCCCAGGUUGCACACAAUCUACCACGUUGUCAGUCAUCCAUGAAUCGAUUGCCAUGCCCUUCCCCAAAAAUGAUUUCUUAGUCAUAGUUUUGCGUAUUUUUUGGUUAAUACAAAUUUUAGCAGCGUGCACACAAAACUUGAAUGUUG